GCUGAAGUGCUGAACCUUACUAGUUGUAAAAAAAAAAAAAACUGUAGUUCAACAAGGGGGGUAUCACAUAUAUUCAUAUUUAUGUAACUUUGACAUCGUCCAUGCCUACUUAUAAAAAUUCAUGUACCCAUAUCUAGUAGUGGUAGUAGUAGCAAAAUGAAGAUCAACUGUGACGUUUGUAACAAACACGAAGCAUCGGUGUUUUGCUCUGCAGACGACGCUGCGCUUUGCACCGACUGUGACCACCGUGUCCAUGAUGCCAACGUUCUAGCCGGAAAACACCCCAGAUUCUCCCUCCUAUCCCCUUCGCCAAAAGAUGCCCCCAUAUGUGACAUCUGCCAGGAUAAGAAAGCCUUAUUAUUUUGUCAACAAGACAGAGCAAUCCUAUGCAAAGAAUGUGAUGUUGCAAUUCAUAAAGUCAACGAGCACACGAUGAAUCACAACCGGCUUCUUCUCACUGGUGUUAAGCUCUCUCCCGUUGCGUUAUUACCCACCACCGGAAAUAACGUUGUUCCUGGCCGAAAACCAAAGUCUAGAGACCAUGAAUCGGUUUCUAUCAAUAAACAUGUUUUAGCAUGUACUCCAAAAUUAGAUGAAGAUGAUUUGAAACCCCAACAGACGACAACACUUAAAGAUCCAAAAGUUAAGGAUUUGGGUCAUGGGUAUGCAAACUCAAGUAGCAUUUCUGAGUACUUGAUUGAGAUGCUACCUGGUUGGCAUGUUGAAGAUUUUCUUGAUUCUCCUCCUACCUUCUCUAAGGUCGAUGAUCAACAUGACCCGGCAUUGUUUUGGGACGAUUGCUUCUUACCCAAAACAACCGCAAUUUGGGUCCCACAAGCACCACCACCGGCAGCACCUCCCCCACUACAACCAGCCGCAUCUCCUCCACCACCACGGUUUCAUAAUUCUUAUCGGUUUGAACCAAGUUCAAACACGGGUUUUGGAAAUCAAAUGACCAACGGGUCAUCAUUUGUUAUUGCUCCAAGUAAUAAGCUUAAGAAUAAGAUCACUAAUCCAAAUGCAAAGCGAAAGUACGACGAUGGAAAUUGCUUUACUGUUCCACAAAUGGGGCCGCCGAAUUUUACCACCACCUUAAAGAGAUCAAGGAUGCUUAGCUAGUAAAUCUAUAAAACUUUAUGUUUGUUUUGUAUUAUUAUCUAUUUUCUUACUUAGUUUUCUGGUAUAUCUUUUUGUUGUGAUCCAAAGUUGGUUUUGGUUCUUCGAUAAUUUAAGUAUUAAUUUAUUUUAUCUUUUUGCAUA